GAAGCAGCAGCACAGUGAAGGUUUCCAGUUGGGAGAGAGUUUAAAGAAAGUGUCUGUUUAGGAUAUCCAAAAGCUCACUUUGCCUGAAUGAAACGCAGCAGUGGAUGGCUCGUGAAGGUUAUGCACAAUGGAGACGUUUGGCUGUCAGUGCUUUGCUUGGAUACUUUUGAAAGGAACCAUAUGUCUGUUGGUUUUUGGACCACACCAGACACACAGCAACUUUACCUUCACCAAGAGAGCACCGCCUCAUCCCAGCAGGGCUCACGAGGCUUCUUCACAGCAGAAGAACUCUGUGCUUCAGUCCAGGAGUCUAACUCAGCACACCAAGCUGCCCCGUAACCCCUUCAUCCCUCUUUCAAAGCAGGGAUUUGGGGAAAUACUUGGAGGAAACUCACAGCCGCACUCCAACCCAUCAUUAAAGAUAAAGCUUCAGCCCAUCAUGAAAGUUCAUGGAACAUCUAAAUGGUCCGAGACCUUCAUCUGGGGGGACUUUUAUUCAAAUAUAAAGACAGUCAAACUGAAUUUGCUGAUAUUGGGGAAGAUUGUGGAUCAUGGGAACGGGUCUCUCGGCGUCUACUUCCGCCACAACUCCACGGGGGUAGGCAACGUGUCCGUCAGCCUCGUGCCACCGACGAAAGAGGUGGAGUUCGACUUGGAGCGCCAAAGCGUGAUCCACCCCAAGGAUUCAAAGACGUUCAACUGCAGAGUGGACUCCGAGAAAACCGAACGCAACAAGAAGGUGAUGCUGUGCAACUACGACCCAUCAAAGACAUGUGAUCAGGAGCACACCCAGAGCCACGUCACCUGGAUGUGCUCCAGACCUUUCCAGGUCAUCUGCAUCUACGUGUCUUUCUACAGCACAGACUACAGACUGGUUCAGAAAGUCUGCCCGGACUAUAGCCUGCAGAGUCCAGCCUACCUGCCUGCAGGUUAAAGGACACUGGAGAGUGAUGUCUCA